AUGGAUGGGCCACGAGCGGGGCAGGAUGCCAUGAGGAACUGCACUGACCAGCAGUACUGGGACACCCUCGUUUCGCAGUGCAUCCCCUGCAGCCUGGCCUGCGGGCAGUCCCUGGCCAGGAAGUGUGAUGCUGUGUGUGAGUCCAUGGACUGCAACAACAGACCUGGGUUUUACUACGAUGAUCUGGUGAAGAGCUGCAUCAGGUGCAGCUCGGUGUGCGGGCAGCACCCCCGGGAAUGCGCCCCGUCCUGCGAGCCCACGCCCGCGGCCGUGCUGGAGCCGGAGCCGUGCGCGGAGCAGGAGCCGUGGCUGGCGCUGUGGCUGCUGCUCGGGCUGUGCCUCGCCAGCCUGGGCUGCUCCCUGCUCCUGGGCUGGAGCCACCUGCGCAGGAGGGGAGAGCCGGGACACUGCCAGCCCAGCGCCGCCCCCUGCCACUGCCGGGAGGACCCCGCCAAAGAUGGGCUGGUGGAAGCCGCCAGCGUUGCUGAGGGAUUCACCAGCAUCAGAAUCCCAGAGCCAGUGGAAACCUGUGGCUUCUGCUUCCCUGGACACGGCUCUGCUGUGCAAGAGACCAAACCGUGCCCCAGCAGCUCCGGCCACCCUGGGGACAGGGCUGCUCCCUCCUUCUCCGGGAUCUGCAGCACGGGCAGCGCCGGGGCCCUGCCCAGCCCUGAGGACGGCCACUUCAAAAUCAUCUGCUCUCCUGCCCAGGAGAAAACACCCAUGGUGUGA